GUGUCCCCCCCGUGUGACGGUGUGCAUGUGUGUAUGUUUAUGAGCUCUUGGCUGGGUGAAUCAAAUAUUCAUGGUGCCAUGGUGGGAUUGGCUGCUGUGCACAGAGCGGACUGACAGCGAAUGGCAGAACACUGUGUGUUCCGAAGCGGCUCGCUCCCCUCCCUUUUGUAUAAAGAGAAGAGAGAACGGACGAGUGUGACACUGUUGCUGUGAACGCUUGGCUCGCACACGUCCUCUACAGAAAGGAUAAUUGCCACCGACAAGGAGCUGCUCUGCGGAUGUUUUCAGUCUAAAUGGACGAACAGAGCAAAGGGGAACACGUGCUCACGGGUCUAGAUGAGGAGGCAAUAGUUGACCACGGAAAGUCCAGCUUCUCUACUCACACAAACUAUGAGAAGGAUGACCUAGAAGGCCACAGAGCAGUGUACGUAGGUGUCCAUGUUCCUCUUGGGCGGGAAAGCAGACGGCGGCACCGCCACAGAGGACACAGACAUCACAGAAAGAAGAAGGACAGAGACUCAGAGGAAGGAAAGGACGAUGGCAGAGAAUCCCCCAGUUAUGAUACACCAUCCCAGAGAGUGCAGUUUAUCUUGGGAACAGAGGAUGAUGACCUUGAGCACAUCCCCCAUGACCUCUUCACUGAGAUGGAUGAGCUCUCCUUCAGAGACGGUGAUGCCAUCGAGUGGAGAGAGACAGCCAGAUGGUUAAAAUUUGAAGAGGAUGUGGAAGAUGGUGGAGAGAGGUGGAGCAAACCCUACGUGGCCACAUUGUCGCUUCACAGCUUGUUUGAACUGCGUAGUUGCAUACUGAAUGGCACAGUAUUGCUGGACAUGAGGGCCAACAGUAUUGAGGAAAUUGCAGACAUGGUCAUAGACAGCAUGGUGGCAACAGGCCAGCUGAAGGAGGACUUGCGCCACAAGGUGCGGGAAGCAAUGCUAAAGAAGCAUCACCAUCAGAACGAGAGAAAGCUCAGCAAUCGCUUUCCUCUGGUGCGCUCCAUUGCUGACAUAGGCAAGAAACAUUCUGACCCAUUCUUGCUUGAAAGAAACGGAGAGGGCCUGUCCUCCUCUCGACUCUCUCUCCACAAGCCAGGGUCGUCAGCCUCCUCUGUCUCCAACCUCUCCCAAAGACGAGAGUCAAGAGUCUCCGUUCUGCUCAACCACCUCCUGCCCUCGUCUUCCUACAACAGCGGGCUUUCUUCUGGCCCCUCCCCCCUCAACACCCCGCACAAUACCCCUUCGUUGUUUCGCCGUUCUCGGAGCCCGUCACGAGCGCGUUGCGCGGGCCUCGGCCCCCAAGACAUCCCAGAGGUGGUCGUAUCUCCUCCUGAGGAUGACGACCCGCCAAACUCUGCAGAAGAGGACACAGUAUCACCGCAGCUCAGCCGGCGAACAUCCUCGGCGCUGCAGAACCUUGAGCUGCAGCCCUUAGAAGGACCGCUCGUGUCUCCACACUCACUGCCAAACAAUCUGGACAGCAACAAGGCCGUGGAAAGGAGGCCGUCCAAAGUAGGGGUCAGUAGAGAAAGCAGCAGUGUGGACUUCAGCAAGGUGGACAUGAAUUUCAUGAGAAAGAUUCCUCCGGGCGCUGAGGCCUCUAACGUGCUUGUGGGCGAAGUGGACUUUUUGGAGAAGCCCAUAAUUGCAUUUGUACGAUUGUCUCCGGCAGUCCUUAUCACAGGCCUCACUGAGGUGCCCGUUCCCACAAGGUUUCUUUUCCUCCUUUUGGGCCCUCAUGGUAAAGGACCACAGUACCAUGAAAUUGGCAGAUCUAUGGCAACACUAAUGACAGAUGAGAUUUUUCAUGAUGUUGCUUACAAAGCCAAAGAUCGAACAGAUCUACUAUCUGGGAUAGAUGAGUUCCUCGAUCAGGUGACUGUCCUGCCCCCUGGAGAAUGGGACCCCACAAUCCGAAUUGAGCCCCCGAAAAAUGUCCCAUCUCAGUCAAAGAGAAAGAGACCACCCCAGCCUAAUGGCUCUGCAGCUUCAGAUGGAGAGCAGGAAAAAGGGGAUGACCACCAUGCAGGACCAGAGCUUCAAAGGACUGGGAGGAUUUUUGGAGGUUUGGUUCUGGAUGUGAAGCGGAAAGCACCCUUCUACUGGAGCGACAUUAGGGACUCACUCAGUCUUCAGUGUCUGGCCUCGAUCCUUUUCCUGUACUGCGCCUGCAUGUCCCCCGUCAUCACAUUCGGAGGUUUGCUCGGAGAGGCCACAAAAGGCAACAUAAGUGCAAUAGAAUCUCUUUUUGGAGCAUCACUGACAGGAGUGGCCUACUCCCUCUUUGCAGGCCAGCCCCUCACUAUUCUUGGCAGCACGGGGCCUGUUUUAGUGUUUGAAAAGAUCCUCUUCAAGUUCUGCAAUGAUUACAGCUUGUCCUACCUGUCGCUGCGGACGAGCAUCGGCCUGUGGACAGCCUUCCUCUGCAUUGUGCUGGUGGCCACAGAUGCGAGCUCGCUGGUCUGCUACAUCACGCGCUUCACAGAGGAGGCUUUUGCAGCUCUCAUCUGCAUAAUCUUCAUCUAUGAGGCCCUGGAGAAGCUCUUUCACCUUGGAGAAUAUUACCCUGUCAAUAUGCACAACAACUUAGAAAAUCUCACCUUCUAUUCGUGUCAGUGUUCUCCACCAGCCAACGCAUCAGAUUCACUAAUGCAGAAGUGGAACCAUUCCGGAUACCCCAGCUCCGACUCGAUCCCGUGGAGCAGCCUCAACGUCACGAUGUGUAACUUCUUUCAUGGGGAGUUUGUUGGACCUGCCUGUGGUCACCAUGGACCCUACAUCCCCGAUGUUCUCUUUUGGUCCAUUAUCCUCUUCUUCACCACCUUCUUUUUAUCUUCCUUCCUCAAGCAAUUUAAGACAGAAAGAUACUUCCCCACCAAGGUGCGCUCCACUAUCAGUGAUUUUGCUGUGUUUAUAACCAUCAUGAUUAUGGUGCUGGUGGAUUUUCUGAUGGGAAUCCCAAGUCCUAAACUGAAUGUUCCUGACCGCUUUGAGCCAACUUCAAAGAACAGAGGCUGGCUGAUGGAUCCGUUAGGAGAAAAUCCCUGGUGGACGCUGCUGGUGGCGGCACUUCCUGCUUUGCUCUGCACCAUCCUCAUCUUUAUGGACCAGCAGAUCACUGCAGUCAUCAUCAAUCGCAAAGAGCACAAAUUAAAGAAAGGCUGUGGCUAUCACCUGGACUUGCUGAUUGUGUCAGUAAUGCUGGGCGUGUGCUCCAUUAUGGGCUUGCCGUGGUUCGUGGCCGCGACCGUCCUGUCGAUUUCCCAUGUCAACAGCCUGAAGGUGGAGUCCGGCUGCUCAGCACCGGGGGAGCAGCCCAAGUUUCUGGGCAUUCGGGAGCAGCGGGUCACUGGGUUCAUGAUUUUUGUUCUCAUGGGUUGCUCUGUUUUCAUGACAUCAGUACUAAAGUUUAUUCCAAUGCCUGUUCUGUAUGGAGUCUUUCUCUACAUGGGUGUCUCUUCCCUCAAAGGCAUUCAAUUCUUUGACAGGAUCAAGCUGUUUGGUAUGCCUGCAAAGCACCAGCCUGAUCUGAUCUACCUGCGCUACGUUCCGCUGUGGAAGGUUCAUAUCUUCACUCUGGUGCAGCUCACCUGUUUGGUUUUGCUCUGGGUAAUCAAGGCCUCUGCAGCAGCCGUUGUAUUCCCCAUGAUGGUUCUGGCACUGGCCUUUAUCCGAAAGCUUCUGGAUCUUUUCUUUACUAAGAGAGAGUUGAGCUGGCUCGAUGACCUGAUGCCAGAAAGCAAAAAGAAAACAGAAGAUGACAAAAAACUUAAAGCACAAAAGCUGGAGGAAGAUUCCGAGCUGCAGGAAGACGAGGACGUGGGAAUGAAAGUCAGGUUUUCAGGUUCAACCCGGUACAGUAUUUCAGGGAGUUCUGAUUCUGACCCCUUGGUUGUAAAUAUCUCUGAUGACAUUGUCCAAACGGCAGUGUGGAAAGCAGUGAACUCGAGUGCAGAGUCUUGUGUCCAACAUGUGAAGCGUAGUGACAGCCAAGAGAAGAUCGCCUGCGUUCGAGUUGACAUCGGCCCGGACACGCCAGGAGAGGGCUCCACCACCGAGACCUUCCUCUGAAUGGAGGGGGACUAUUUUCACACCGAGACGGAGCUCGUCGGCAGGGCGAAGAGGACCUGGAGCACAACAAUCUCUGCUUUUCUCUCACAGAAACGGGAAGUAUGUCCAACACAUCACCAGGUCGUAUGAAGGAAUUCUGCUGUUAUUCUCCACCGACACAUCUCUGAUCUCUCACGUCAAAGCGGAUGUCAAAGGAACGGCCUUAAUGAUGGGAAUAUCAGCCUGUAUGAACCGAACUUUACUUUUAUUGUGAUUUACUGUAAACAUUUCAGCUGGUACUGUACUAUUUCUGGUUUAGAUGCUAACACUGUUUAGGGUUGAAUCAUUUUAUGGUAACACCAGCCUAAAAAAAUUAAAAAAAAAAAAAAAAACAAGAAAAAGCCAUUGAAGUACUGUUAAUGUUUGAUUUUAUUCUGGUUUGCACAGUGAUCCAAACCAAAAACAGAGCCACAUUCAGACCACCACUGCGUACAUCCUGGUCUUCUGUACGAGGAACCUUCUUUCACACAGUAUUUUUGGUAUUGCUGCUCAGACGUUGGUCAGGCGUUUUCACUCUUCAGCCCACGUAAUAUCUGUUAUGAAGUAUUUUAUCUGUGUGAAUACUGUACUUUUCAUUUGAAUUGUAAUAGAAAAGCCACUUUAGAGGCCAUAUAAAGUCUGUACUGUACAGUGAGCACUUUCAUAGGAAGGUUUAUGAUUAAACAAACUCUAUUGUGUUCAUAAAAAAAGAAAAAUCUUUUAUUUCCCGCAAUAUUUUUUAGGAACGUAGUUCAAACUCAAGAGUCUUGAAUGAUUUCUGACUAUGGUCAUGAUUUUAUUUAUUUAUUUUUUUAUGUUGACACCAGGCAGCAAUUACCUGCCCUCUUUUUUGUCGCGGACGUUGAAACAAUUUUAAAUAAUAAAAUACAUUAAAGUGCAAAUAAAGAAGAGAAUAUUUGUGAUCUCAGGUAGUUGCACUUGUUUCUAUACUGUCUGUAUUGUGAAUCUGUUGGUCGUACAAAGAUGUGUUACAGAUAAGUUUAUGCAAAAAUAUUUCUACUGGAUAUGUAAGAAAAAAAGAGUCAUAUUCUAGAAAUGUGUUUUUUUUUACAUUAUUAUUUUGCUAAGUGCAGUCAUGUUUUAGCAAUAAGUAUUCCAAUACAGUUCAACGUUUGGACUCAUGAAAUCCUUUAAUAUUCUGGCAACGAAAAUGUCUGUGAAACAUUUUGUGCGCGUGUUUCAUCAGCUCUGUGUGUAGCGAUUCCACAAACGAUAGCUUAUGUGCCUUGUUGAAGCUCUUUUAUGUGCAAAGUGUGAAAAUGAGACGAUGUACAGGUGACGGCACACAGGCUCCAAAGAUGGGUCCAUUCGUUCCAUAAACGUCGCAGAUGCUUCUGUUUGUUGUCGUGUUCGGGAAAAAGAUGAAUCUAUUUUCCAUUUACAAAUGUAACUAAAUGCUGUUUAUCUGUCUGUGCCGCUGUCACAGCUCUUGUAUUUGUUCACCACAACAAUAAAAAGAAUAUUAAGAUAGAGUUUUAUAUUUAAAUAACUAGUGAAUGUUAAAUUAUUGUGGCGUCAUUGUCAGAAAUAAAUGUGUAUUUAUUUAUUUUGCCAAAACAAUAAAUAGUAAUGUAAAGGUAUUACUCUUCACUCAUGGUAUUUAACAUAAAUCAGUAGAAAGUUGGAAUUAUAUAGUUUAUUAAAGACCCUAUUUCCACAGUAUCACUUUCAAUUAGAAAAAAACAACUAAUAAAUUUGAAUGAAAAGAGAAUCUGCAAAACAAAGUGAUAAUUAUCCUUCAGAAUCCUUUCUACUGAUGCACAAACCAUUGGUGAAGAACUUUGCAUCCUGUUGUUUAGUUGAUGACUCCUCUGUCACGACUGAAUGUUGCAAAGCAAUAAAAUGAACACGUUCUCCUUU